AUGACUUGGCUACCGAAUUUAAUUGAAUAAACAAACAAUUCCUAAAAUCAACCUUCUCUUUUCCAGAUUCAACAAAAAAUUGGAGUAAGAAAACAAAAAUACUUUCUACCCCUAUUGCUGCCAGAGAACAAAAAUACUUUCAGAAGGUCAUUUGCCUUCAAUUCCUUUUUUGCUACCGUCGAUGGCGCGAUUGCAUCUGAAAAAUUCAAGGAACCGAUGAUUAAAAAGAGACCCAACAAAAAAGAGAGAGAUUUUUUCGAUUUGUUUGGGUAGAUAGAGCUUAUCGUCACUCGGUCCCUUCUCUUCGAUGGAGAUGAUGAAUUGCAGUGGAAUCAGAGGAUUCGAAGGAGUGGAUGGAGAUGAGAGGCGAUGGAGAAGGAAUUGGAGAAGAGGCAAAGGCAAAAGAGGCAGAGGCAAAGGCAAAGGCAAAGGGGAGGGGCUGAGAGGCGAUGGAGAAGGAAUCGGAGAAGAGGCAAAGGCAAAAGAGGCAGAGGCAAAGCCAAAGCCAAAGGAGAGGGGUUGAGAGGCCAUGGAGAAAGAAUCGGAGAAGAGGCAAAGGCAAAAGGGGCAGGGGCAAAGGCAAAGGGGAGGGGCGGCAAAGGGGAGGGGUUGAGAGGCGAUGGAGAAAGAAUCGGAGAAGAGGCAAAGGCAAAAGGGGCAGGGGCAAAGGCAAAAGGGAGGGGCUGUGAUUAAUAAAACAGCGUCGUUUUGGGUUUGGACUCCAAAUUUUUUUUGGGAAUCAGGACUGAUAGCCACUUUACUGAUAUAUAUAUAUAUAUAUAAAUAAAUUCCUUGAUUUUUG